AUGUCACAAUCAGGGGCAGCCGCUUUCGCAGCCCGCGCGAACCGCGGCGCAGUGGCGUCGUUCACGCUUCGAGGCUUGGUGGCCGCUACUGGAGACACGCUGGUUGUCUCAGCGCCUCCCUAUGGCUUCCCCUCCACAGGGGCUUCGAGCUUAUCCCGGGGAGAGGAGGCUGUUUCCAUGUCUUCGAUGAGCAACGGCACCAGCCUGCGCAUCGCGCUGCAGGAUCCACUUGAGGGGGCGGCUGAGUACCUCCUUUCCCUGGAAGUCAGCACCGGGGCUAAGGUAGACAAUGGCGAGCGUUGGAGCUUGUUGCUGUGGCCCGCAGAUGACGGCUCGGAGCAGGUGGCAAACAAUGGGCUGCAGCUGCCUGAAGCGACGAACGAUGCCGGGAGCAGCUCCUUCCGCUUGGCGGAGGUCCUCAGUCUCCGCGUUUCUGCUGGACGUGUCGCGCCGCGGAGUCUCGCAGAGGUAGUUAUCAUGGUGGAUUGGAGCGCCACCGACAGCGUGCAGCCAGAAAGUUUGAUUCUGCUGGCGCCUACAGGUUUCAUUUUCGACCUCGUGAACUGUCUCCGCGAUCCUCUGACGGUCACAUCACAGGUUCUGGCAUGCCGCCGUGGAGAUCGCACCUAUUCCGCAUCCUUGCAGAUCGGAGGCGCUACAGCAGGUCAAGUGGAGACGGCUUUGGUGGCCGAGGCACCUGCACAGCUCUCAGCAGAGGCGGCCGGGAACACUUGGCUGGCGCGUGCGAUGUCCGGCGAGGUGGAGCUUGCUUGGGGCAGCUCACCGGGCUUCGGCGUCACGCCCAUGGAGGAGGCCACCAUCAACUAUGGUGGGGUGCCGUCUGCUGUGGUCCACCUAUUCGUGCAUUUCCGCACGGCCCAGACCUUGAUGGGUGGUGGCUACGUCGAGGUGAUCACUCCGGAUACCUACCGGGCCUCGUGUCUGCCGGAAGACGGCUUUGCCGCGCUCUUCCUGCCUGGGCUUUCCUCCUGCGACAAUAGAGGAGGCGGUGUACGCCUUCGAAUCAACAUUACGCUGGCGCCUGGCAGCUACGCCUUCAUGGCGGGUCUGCUGACUCCGGCCUUUACACCGUCAAGGAACGGUUUCGAUCUGCUACUUACGGACUUGCUGGGGAAGGUCAUUGAUGCGCGCGUCUCCAUUCCGGGGCAACGCAUUGUGCAGGGCUUGAAUCUCGAGCCGCUCCAGCUGCAGUUCGGCGCUUUGGUCAAAGGGGCCGAGACGCAGGUCCGCAUCAUCCUGCGCGUCGCAAGCGCGCUCGAGCCGCUGGAGGCUCUUGGCCCGGUCCGCGCGAUUCAGAUCGCUGCGCCCGAGCACUUCACGCUCGUGGUCCGGGAGCCUGUCCUAAAUUUGGAUGGACUCCCGACGCCCGAGAUUGGCUGGUUCCACCUCUUCUUCUUGGAGAAGUUGAUCAGGGUGGAUCUCGUUUCCAAUGCCGGGGCGGCGCCGCCCCAAGUUCCUGCAGGCAGCUAUCGCGUCGAAUUUGUGGUGCGUUUGCCCGAGUUCUUCAUGCCCAGCGGGAAUGCUUGGCUGGUCUCCAUCUGCCGUGACCUAGCCUGCUCAGAUCUGGCAGCCACGGUAGCCGUGGCCGGGUUCGAUUUCGAUGACACCCCGACCAUCCAGGGCCAGGCCGCCGAAGGACAGCCCGAGGAGCAGCAAGGCGGAGGAGGUCUUCGACCUGGAUCUCAAUUCCUGCUGUUUCUGAUGGCACAUCUCGCCGUGCAGGCAUGA